UCCGCUCUCACCUUACCUGGUGCUGGUACUUUGAGAGCCUCCCUCAGAUGGGCUCCAGUGGGUGUUCGGGACGGUGGUGUGCGAGUGUUAGUCUGUGAAUUUUGUCGACGAGUCUGCAUCUAUAUAGCGUUAGUUUAUACACUGUGAGCACCACACAACGACGACAUGCCUGGUCACGUCAAGAAAAGCACGGGCCCCGAUCCCGACCCCACUGAAUUCUUGUUCAUCUCAAUGGAACAGAAAAUGAAGGACCAGAGCAAACCUUACGAUCCGAAAAAAUCUUGCUGGGUGCCACACGACAAGGAGGGCUUCAUCGAGGGUGACAUGCAGGGCACUAAGGGCGACUUGAUCACCGUUUACGCAGGUGGUGAGACCAAGGACUGGAAGAAGGACCUCGUUGGACAAGUCAACCCUCCCAAGUUCGAGAAAUGCGAGGACAUGUCCAACUUGACUUAUCUUAAUGAUGCCUCCGUCCUGUACAACUUAAAGAGCCGUUACGUCGCCAAGCUCAUCUACACCUACUCUGGUCUCUUCUGUAUCGCCGUCAACCCCUACAAGCGGUACCCCAUCUACACCAACCGUACGGUCAAGAUCUACCAGGGUAAGAGGCGUAAUGAAGUGCCUCCUCAUCUCUUCGCUAUUGCCGACGGUGCCUACAUGAACAUGAGGCAACUUGCAGAGAACCAGUCCAUGCUCAUCACCGGUGAGUCUGGUGCUGGUAAAACAGAGAACACCAAGAAGGUACUCUCCUACUUCGCUAACGUCGGCGCCACCACCAAGAAGAAGGGCGAGGCAGAAAAACCUAACCUCGAGGAUCAGAUUGUCCAAACCAACCCAGUAUUGGAAGCCUUCGGUAACGCCAAGACUGUCCGUAAUGACAACUCCUCCCGCUUCGGUAAGUUCAUCCGUAUCCACUUCCAACCCAAUGGCAAGCUGUCCGGUGCUGAUAUUGAGGUCUACCUGCUGGAGAAGGCUCGUGUCAUCUCUCAGCAGUCCCUCGAGCGAUCCUACCAUAUCUUCUACGAGAUGAUGUCCGACCAGAUUAAGGAGAUCAAGCCCACGUGUUUCCUUAGUGACGACAUCUACGAUUAUCACUACGUGUCUCAGGGCAAGGUCACCGUCCCCUCCAUUGAUGACGGCGAGGACAUGCAGUUCUGUCACGACGCCUUCGACGUCCUGGGCUUCUCCAAGCAAGAAGUUGAGGACGUCUACAAAGCCACUGCCUCUGUCAUGCACCUGGGUGAAAUGAAGUUUAAGCAGAGAGGACGCGAGGAGCAGGCUGAAGCCGACGGUACUGAGGUUGGUCACAAGGUCGCCAAGCUGCUGGGCACUGAUGGUGAUGACCUGUACAGGAACAUUACCAAGCCCAAGAUCAAGGUCGGUGCCGAGUUCGUAGCCAAGGGCAUGAACGUGAACCAGUGUUAUUACUCCAUCGGUGCCUUGGCUAAGGGUCUCUUCGAUCGCGUCUUCAAGUUCCUGGUACAAAAGUGUAACGUGACUCUUGAGACUGGCCUGAAGCGAGCUUCAUUCAUCGGUGUGCUUGAUAUUGCCGGCUUCGAGAUUUUCGACUACAACGGCUUCGAGCAGAUCUGCAUCAACUUCUGUAACGAGAAGCUGCAGCAGUUCUUCAACCAUCACAUGUUUGUGCUGGAGCAGGAGGAAUACAAGAAGGAAGGCAUCAACUGGGUCUUCGUGGACUUCGGUAUGGAUCUGCAAGCCUGCAUCGAGCUCUUUGAAAAGAAAAUGGGUGUCUUGUCCAUCCUCGAAGAAGAGUCUAUGUUCCCGAAGGCUACUGACAAGUCUUUCGCUGAGAAGUUGAACGCGAACCACCUUGGCAAGUCCCCUGUGUUCGUCAAGCCUAAGCCACCAAAGCCUGGUCAGCCUGACUCUCACUUCGCCAUUGUUCACUACGCUGGUACUGUCAGCUACAACCUGAGUGGCUGGCUCGAGAAGAACAAGGAUCCCCUCAACGACACUGUUGUUGACCAGCUCAAGAAGUCCAACAACGAACUUGUCGUUACGAUCUUCGCUGACCAUCCCGGCCAGUCUGGAAGUGGUGAUACUAAAGGCGGUCGCGGAGGAAAAUCUGGUUCUUUCAAGACCGUGUCGUCUGGAUACAGGGACCAGUUGAGCAACCUGAUGAGGACCCUCAACUCUACUCACCCUCAUUUCAUCCGUUGUAUCGUCCCCAACGAGACCAAGUCUCCUGGUGUGACUGACGCCGCCCUGAUCAUGCACCAGCUGACCUGUAACGGUGUACUUGAGGGUAUCCGUAUCUGCCGCAAGGGCUUCCCCAACAGGAUGUUGUAUCCUGACUUCAAGAACCGCUACAAGAUUUUGGCCUCUCAGGAGAUGGCUGCAAUCCCUGACGAUAAAAAGGCCGCCAAGGUUUGCUUCGACAAGGCUGGUCUGGACGAGGAACUUUACCGCCUUGGUAAUACUAAGGUGUUCUUCCGCGCUGGUGUCCUGGGUACUUUGGAGGAAAUUCGUGACGACCGCCUCGGCAGAAUGGUCGCCUGGCUACAGGCUUGGAUCCGUGGGUUUAUUGGCCGAAAGGAAUACAAAAAGCUCCAGGAGCAGCGCCUCUCUCUUGAAGUUGUUCAGCGUAGUCUAAGGAAGUUCCUGAAGAUGCGUACCUGGCCUUGGUUUAAUCUCUGGCAGAGGGUCAAACCCCUCCUCAACGUCACUCGUGUCGAGGAUGAGAUGCGCGCUCUUGAGGAGAAAGCUGCCAAGGCUUUGGGGGAACUCGAAAAUGAGUCCAAGCUGCGUAAGGAGCUUGAGGCAGCCAAUCUUCUGCUCCUCGAGGAAAAGAAUAAUCUUUUGCUUACACUGGAAAGCAGCAAAGGCAAUAUGAGCGAAUUCUUGGAGAAGCAAGCUAAACUACAAACCCAGAAGAGAGACCUUGAAUCUCAGCUUGAAGACACUGCUGAACGUCUACAAAAAGAACAAGAGGACAGGAGUGCACUGUAUCAAAGCAAAAAGAAAGUGGAACAUGACAUCCAAGUCUUAAAAAAAGAAAUUGAGGAUCUGGAGGCGACCGUCCACAAGGAACAAGGAGAAAAAGCAGGGAAGGAUCACGCGAUCAACACCCUCACGGAAGAGAUCUCCCACCAGGAAGAACUUAUCAACAAAGUAAAGAAAGAGAAGAAACACCUUCAGGAGAUCAAUCAAAAGUCUGCCGAGGACAACCAGAGUGUCGAGGAUAAGUGUAAUCAUCUCAACACUGUUAAGGGUAAACUCGAGCAACACCUUGAUGAACUUGAGGAUUCUCUUGAACAUGAGAAGAAGUUGCGAGUCGAUGUUGAAAAAGUGAAGAGGAAAACGGAGAGUGACCUGAAACUCACCCAGGAAUCUGUCAAGGAACUUGAGCGCAGUCGAAAGGAUCUCGAGCAAGCCAUCGACAGGAAAGAUAGGGACUUUUCCUCUCUUGCCAAAAAACUUGAUGAUGAGCAGCAACUUGUUGUUAAGCAAAAUAAACAAAUCAAAGAAUUGCAGCUCCAAAUUGAGGAGCAAGAGGCAAGAGUCGAACACGAGCGCCAAGCUCGCGCCAAGGCUGAGAAAAAUAAACAAACAGUAUCACGCGAAAUGAGCGAGCUUAGUGAUCGUCUCGAUGAAGCUGCCGGAGCCACGGCGGCACAAAUCGAGCUCAACAAGAAGCGUGAGACUGAGCUAGCCAAGCUCCGCUGUGAAUUUGAAGAGAAUAUCAUUCGACAUAAUUCUACAGUCCACCUUCUCCGCAAGAAGCACAGUGACACUGUGGCUGAUAUGUCUGAACAACUGGAACAUGUCAACAAAGUGAAGGCCAGGUUGGAGAAAGACAAAGAAUUUAUGAAACGUGACGCUGAUGACGCUAAAGCCGCCAUGGACAGACUCGCCAGUGACAAGGUGAGUCAACAUCCAUAA